GUGCGGUAGAGAGAAGCCUCGGCCACGAUGCAAGCUCAAUGGGAAGCAUUAUCUUGUUCCUUUUUUGGAUGCUGAUUCAAAAACAUUCACUAGUAGCCACCAGAGAAGCCAUGAGCCAAAGCGGUGCUGGAAUCAAUUUGGUCCGAGUUAAUCGUGCUGCAAUAGUGCAAUGCGGUAGGCGCCCGGCAGUGCGGCUACGUCUGUCCGAAACCUUUCCCGCUCCGAAGUCUCUUUCACGGAGGGUGUGAUUCCGCAGAGGCACGUUUAGGUGGCAGAUUUGUCGACUAGAAUCACUAGCCAAAGCCGAGUACAGCUUGGAUGAAAAGUGACAGGAUCGAGAAUAUUGACUGCAACGGAUGCAAAAUGCCCCCUCGGUCUUUGUCUGUUCUUCGUGAUAACGCCCUCGCCCAGACGCAGAAUAUAUACCAGGCUCGUCACUCGAAUAUUGUCCGUCUUGAUUCAUCAGCUAUGUUGCGCCAGGUGCCCAUCUUUAGUGCCGUCUUUGUCUCUGAUCUCACCUUCCUUGUCGCUAUGCCGGCUCGUUAUGUGUACACCGAAAUUGCCACAAGUUGGAUGAUUAUACCGGCUGUGGUGGACGGACUGUCUGCAUCCUUGAAAUUGGGACGGUCAGGGGGUUCGGCCCCCAGCUCCACAUCGUCCGAGAAGAAUCCCGAGGCGAUGUUCGAUGGACGAUAUGUGUCCUUGACUCCCAGGAUAGGGUUCAUGUUGACCGGGAUCCGCAUAAAUUCGAUUUUACUGCUCAUCCGGGCAGUGUAUCGCAUGAUCGAGCCAAGUGAUGGUUGGAACGGUAGUACCAUCCGGACAGAAGCCUAUUUCAACGUCUUCGACGCGCUCUUCGACGUUGCUUCUUAA